AACAGCGACUGCCAUUCCGGGUGUAAGAAUGAUGAAGGCAAUGACGUGCAAUGGCUACGGGCCAGCCGACCGUGUAUUUGAAUUGAAAACCAUUCCAAAACCGAUUCCGAAGGCCAAUGAAGUCUUGAUUAAAAUACUAGCGACAGUUGUCACAUCUGGAGAUUGUAAACUUCGAGGUUUUCGGGGUAUUCCGCCGUCUUUUUGGCUUCCUAGCAGACUUAUGUUUGGCUUAAGAUCGCCGCGACAACCUAUUUGGGGUUUAUUGUUUUCAGGUGAAAUUGAACAGAUCGGUAAGGAUGUGAAAUUGUUUAAAGAGGGCGACCAAGUGUACGGUUCGACCGAAUUUGGUUUUGGAACUUACGCCCAAUACAAGUGCCUGCCAGAGACUGCGUGCAUAUCGAAAAAACCUGAAAAUCUUAGCCACGAGGAGACUGUAUCGAUUCCUUUCGGUCUUGAAACUGCAAUACAUUUCCUGAGAAAGGCAAAUAUUGAAAAGGGUCAAAAAGUACUCAUCUACGGUGCUUCUGGAGCGGUUGGAACGGCUGCAGUUCAAUUGGCGAAACAUUACGGUGCCGAAGUAACUGGCGUUUGUAGUACAACCAAUAUGGAAAUGGUGAAAUCUUUGGGAGCCGACUACGUUAUCGAUUAUACGAAGGAAGAUUUUACUGAAAAUGGGGUCAGAUACGAUAUUAUCUUUGAAACAGUUGGCAAAAAGAGCUACUCGUCUUGUAAAUAUUCUCUACAGUCGAAUGGCUAUUUUCUUAUGGCCGUGUUUGCCAUGUACGAAAUUUGCCAAAUGUUGUGGCGUAAAGUUGUCGGAGGACCAAAAGUCAUUUGCUCAGUAGCCGGCGCAGUACUUGAAUAUUACGAUUUGAUGAGAGAACUUGCCGAGUCUGGAAAAGUCGUACCAGUUAUUGACAGAUGCUAUUCACUUGAAGAAAUACCUCAAGCUCAUAUCUACGUCGAAGGAGGACAUAAGAAGGGCAACGUAGUUAUCAAAGUUGAUCACGAACAGAAGGAUGAAGAAUAA